AUGGGAGAUGCAAAGCCCUCAGAGGAAGAGCUGAAGUGUUGGUUGCCUAGCGGAGGAGGUGAGUUUGACCUCGUGGUUGUUGGUGUUCAAGAAUGCAGCUACGAUUGGGUUUCUGAGUGGGUUGCUACACCUAUGCGGAAUCCCAAGCGACGGAAGUCCUUGAAAGGAAGUGGCAAAACGCAGCUGCCCAUGUUGUCGGGUGCUGUGGAGGAAGCCUUGCACGCCUUCGGGAGUUCUCCUCGUUCUGAGCGUCCAGAGAGACGGAAGAGCAGGGAUGUUGGAGAAGAAAAAUUCUCUUUUCACUGGGACGAUAUUCUGGCUGAGAGAUUAGGAGAUGGAUUUGCUCGAGUACAGCAGGUGGUGUUGAUGAAUAUGCGCUUGCUGGUUUUUGCCAAAACGCAAUAUUGUGAUGGGACAAUCAAAUGGCAAGAUGGUCCACUUAUCCACUCAGUGCAGCACACAUACUCAGCGACGGGUCUGCUGGCAGGUACUGUUGGCAACAAAGGUGGCCUCGUCGCCACGCUUCAGUUUGGCCCAGUGAGCUUGUGCUUUGUAAGCUGCCAUUUGGCGGCCCACACGCCUGACACUCAGUUCGAUCUGGAGCCGAUAUAG